GGGGCGGGGCGGCAGAAGCGUUUCGGCGGCCAUGCAGGCGGCGGCGCAGGGCUCGAAGCAGGCGGUGCAGGCGGCGGCCCAGGAGCUGGUGCGGUUCGUGAACCGGAGCCCCUCGCCCUACCAUGUGGUCGCCGAGUGCCGGAGCCGGCUGCUGCAGGCCGGCUUCCAGGAGCUGAAGGAGACGGAGCACUGGGACAUCCGGCCCGCGCACAAGUACUUCGUGACCAGGAACUACUCCACGCUCAUCGCUUUCGCCGUCGGGGGCCGGUUCCAGCCGGGGAAUGGGUUCAGCCUGCUCGGGGCCCACACCGACAGCCCCUGCCUCAGGGUGAAGCGGCGCUCUAAGCGGGGACAGGUGGGCAUGGUGCAGGUUGGCGUGGAGACCUACGGAGGGGGUAUCUGGAACACCUGGUUUGACCGCGAUCUCACCGUGGCCGGGAGGGUGAUUGUAAAGGAUCCAACCACAGGGCGCCUGGAACAGCACCUGGUACAUGUGGAGCGGCCCAUCCUUCGCAUUCCCCACCUGGCCAUUCACCUGCAGCGCAGCAUCAAUGAGAACUUUGGGCCCAACACGGAGCACCACUUGGUUCCCAUUCUGGCCACUGCUGUGCAGGAGGAACUGGAAAAGGAGGUGCUCGUAGAGGGCACACCUAGCAAUGCUACGGCCCAGACAGAGCGGCACAGCCCUGUCCUGCUCUCCCUGCUCUGCUCCCAGCUGAGGGUGAAGCCAGAGCAGAUCAUGGAGCUGGAACUAUGCCUAGCAGAUACGCAGCCAGCGACACUGGGUGGUGCCUUUGAUGAGUUCAUCUUCUCCCCACGUCUGGACAAUCUGCACAGCUGCUACUGUGCCCUGCAGGCCUUGAUCGACUCGUGCAUGGCUCCCUCCUCCCUCACGCAGGAGCCCAAUGUACGUCUCAUCGCGCUCUACGACAACGAGGAGGUAGGGUCAGAGAGUGCGCAGGGCGCAGAGUCCCUGCUGACGGAGCUGGUGCUGCGCCGGAUCUCGGCAUCGCCACAGAACCUCACAGCCUUCGAGGAGGCCAUGGCCAAGUCCUACAUGAUCAGCGCUGAUAUGGCCCAUGCCGUGCACCCUAACUACGUAGACAAGCAUGAGGAAAAUCAUCGUCCGGCCUUUCAUAAGGGCCCUGUGAUCAAAGUGAACAGCAACCAGCGCUACGCCUCCACUGCUGUCACUGAGGCAGUCAUCCGGGACAUCGCAGCCCGUGUGGGUGUUCCUCUGCAGGAGUUCAUGGUGCGGAAUGACACGCCGUGCGGCACCACUAUCGGUCCCAUCCUGGCCUCCCGCCUGGGGCUGCGCGUGCUGGACAUUGGCUGCCCGCAGCUGGCCAUGCACUCCAUCCGGGAGAUGUGCUGCACCUCGGGGGUGCUGCAAAGCAUCGCCCUCUUCAAGGUGCCAGGUGCUUCUGGAUGUGUCCCCUCGGAGCCUCACCAUCUAUCCCAGCCUUCCCUGGCAACUGCCAUCCCCAAAUGGUUCCUAUGGCAACCGGUGCUAGCCUUGAGUCGGUGAUGGGUUACUAUGGCGACACAGUCCUACUCUGUGGCUUCUUCGAGCUCCUGCCGGAGGUCAGCAGCAGCGUGAUGGUCGACUGAGCGCAGUGGGGAGGAAGCGGCUACAGGGUUCAGCCCUGGGCAGCGGGGCGAUUAAAGCAUCUCUGUCUUGCCA